AUGGCCUCUUCAUCGUCGGCGACGGCGGUAUGAAUCUUUCCACCACAGCUGAUCAUCGUUCGUAUCCAGUUUUCGUCUCUUGGUGUUUGAAGAAUACAGCGUCCUUGCCUUCACAGGCAAGCGACAGAGAAGAAGAGGAAGAUUUCUAUGGCGGGGGUUCGGGCUGGGUCGAGGCUCGGACGACCUGUGAGCAUCUGCCGAGCCUAUCCAGCGAUCUCUUACACAUACCUCCUCCGGGUUCUGACUGCACCAGGUGGAGUUUUUUGCCUCCAGAACCCGACGGAUGUUUAGGGGAUUAUGUUGUUGGUGAGGAAGUCCGUUGAAAUUGGGAAUUUCUAUUGCUAUUUUAUGGGCAUGGCUUCCGCAUGGCUUCCGCUUGGCUUCUAUCUUUUAAUUGAUUUUUUCUCCGAUGAUUUUCUUGGAUUUUCUAAAUUAUAUUAAAGUAGUAUCAUUAAAAAAGAAGUGUACGUCUUCUGCUGCAUUUUGGAGAAGAUCAGACGGCUUAUUAUUUCGGCAUUAUUAACUUGGAGAUGAAUUUUUUUUUUUCGGCUGCUCAUCCUGAAACUUCUUUCGAGUCUGGGAUACAACUUGAAACCUCUCAUUCUCAAUAUGAAGGGGGCGAAUGAUAAUUGCCGGAAGAUAUAGAAAGGGUACAAUUUAGUUUGGUGGUCUCUCCUAAAAAACACAAAAAUAGACGAAAAGCUGCGAUGGCCAUGCUUCAUGCAGAUUCCCAGAAAUAAUAAAAUGAAACAUAGAUUUCUUUUGUUUCAUAAGUACAGAACGCGAUCAGUGCAUGCAUUAUAAUUCUCUGAGUAGUUGUGAACAGGGAAGCGGAUGUUCUUGGUAGAUAUGAGAGAAGCCAUAAGAGCCGAAAAUUUAAGAAUGAAAGAUCUGAAAUAAGGUGAUUGUUUCCGCUCUGACUUUUUUUCUGGUACAUGUGAGUCCAUAAAAACCUCAUUGUUCGCGACUUUUUUUCUCUAAUGCCUAUAUGGUUCAUAACCAAUGGGAUCUUCCUAAAAAUCCGAGACUCUUCGUGUCCUUUUUUGUUGAUUACAAGGAAGUUUCGAUAUUAUCAUAUCGUGAUACUGUCUUUCAUCUGAUCACUAUUGGAAGUACCCUGCACCGUAUUAAUUCUGAUCGACGUAAGUUAGUGGCUGCCAAUAUAAUCUGGGGAUGAUAUUUGUGGCAGUGGCAACAACUGAUAAUGAUAAUAGUUGAAUACAAGCCCGGGGAAAAAGAAACAUCUUAGACUUAUCCUUUCUUUUUUUCUGUAAUACAUAUUUCUGUUCAUGUAGAUCAUAGGCUGUGUUAAUGACAGCUUAAGCAGAUCAUUAUGUUGAGGAUAUCCACAAAAAAGUCAUUGUAUCGUCAAUUCUUUGAAACUUUUUCUCCUUAGUUUCACUUGGUUUCCUGUAUUCAAGGUGAUGAACCACAUCCGACGAGCUGACAACCCAUCUUGUUCACUUCAGAUGCCACCAUCCAGCUGAAAACUGGCUGUGCCUGAGCUGCAAAGAUGUUCUCUGCAGCCGAUUCAUCAACAAGCAUAUGCUCACCCAUCACAAGGUAACUGGGCAUUGCCUGGCUCUGAGCUACAGGUACGAGAUGAGCUUUCCCCCAAAUCAUUGACCUGUCACAGAAGAGCCAAUUCUACCAAACUAACAUGUUUUAUUUUCCCAAAGCGAUCUGUCUGUUUGGUGUUUUGCCUGUGAAGCGUAUCUGGAUGCACAGGUGAUCCUGCAGCUGCGUCCCGUUUAUGAAACAGCCCACUUGAUGAAAUUUGGAGCGACUCCACCAGUUCAACCCAUCGAAUUCCUUCAAGUCGGUCUCCAAAGUCCAUAG